AGACUCAACCAGAUCAUCAUUUUCUUGAUUGUGUAGUACUAUCAAUUUAUUGCUGAUAUAGUAUUCUUCACGUGCAAUUAUGGCUUCAAGAAACUUAAGGGAGUUGAUUUAUGUGGUGUUACUAGUUGGAUUUGUGGUUAUUUCUAUGUCUGGUUUGGUGAUUUGUAAGGAAACUAAUGAGGAAAUUGAGCAGCAACAAAGUAAAGAGAAUUCAGAGUCUUGGACAGGAUGGGCUAAAGAUAAGAUUUCUGAAGGUCUUGGUUUUAAAUCUAAUGAUGAUGAUGAUGAUGAUUCUACUGCUAAACAAGCUUCUGAUUCAACUAUGGAUGCUGCUAAGAAUGCCAAAGACAAGAUUACUGAUUCUGCUACAGGAACAGGACAAUACGUAGCAGACAAGACAGGAGAUUUAAAGAACACAGCAGAAGAAGCAAAAAACAAAGCAUACGAAACAGCAGAAGCAGCAAAACAAAAAGCAACAGAAAAAUCAAGCGAAGCUUAUUCAAAAGCAGGAGAAGAAAAAGAAAAAGCAUAUUCAGAUGCAGAAACAGCAAAACACAAAGCAUCAGAAAAGGCAGAAGAAGUUUACCAUAAAACAGGAGAAGCAAAAGAAAAAGCAACAGAAAAAGCAGAAGAAGCAAAGGAAAAAAUGAAAGAAAUGGGAGAGAAAGCAGAAGGAGAAACAGAAGAACAUUUGAGUUGGGCCAAGGAGAAAGCUAAAGAAGCAAUGGAAAAAGCAAAGGAAAAUUUAGCUUCAAAUUUGGAAUCAGCCAAGGAAACUGCUAAGGAAAAAACAAAGGAAAUUAAGGAUAAUAUAGCUGGUAAAAAACGAGAUGAGGAACUCUAAAUUAGAAUUAGAAUUAGAAUUUUGGAAUAUUACAGGUUAAUAUAUCACGAUGAUGUAAUAAUAUAGUGCUGAUAACAGGUGUCGUAAUUAAGUUUGUAUCUUUUUGUUGGUAUUUUUCCAGGGUGGUUUUUUUUUUAGGUGUAGUGAAACUGUUGUAUUAGUAUUUUUAUAUUUCCGUUGUAUUAUCAGGGUCAGUCUGGCUACUUUUUGUUAAUAACACUUUGGCACAGUGCUCUUGUAUUCGCAAA